AAUGACUAUACGUGUCCCAAGAGAGAAAAAAGAAGCAAAAAGGACGAAAGAAUUAUAUUUUGACCAUAAUUAUUUUUCUUUCGGCAACGACAUCGUUCUGUAUGCACAAGCUUUGCCGCCAAAACCAAUCUUUCCAGCGCCCACCUGAAAACUGAAAAGCAGAAAAAACCCUUUCACCCAAAUCUUAAGGUUACUGUACGGUGAUCUCAAAGAGAGACCAAGAAUCUCUGGCAUAUAGUUGGUUGAUCGGAGAGUGAAAUAUAAAUGCAGAUACAGGUAAAGUGCAGUUGCGGAGAGGGGAAAUGCCCAGAAUGGGCUGUUCUAGAGCUUCAAGGUGUUGUUGAAGCUCAACCCUCCUUCAAAGAUAAACUCCAAAAUCUCCAAAUUGGCACUCUUUGUCGCCCCACUUCCCAGGAAACUUAUACAUUUACGGUUGGAUAUCAUGAGUUGACUGGAACCAAGGUGCCCCUGAAAAAGCCCAUGUUAGUAUUGAAGAAAAUCAAACUUGCCACUGAAGAAGAAAAGGGUGACAUCAAUUCAUCAAGGGUGGAAUUGAACGUUAUUGGAGUAAUUCGUCAACGGAUUCUUUUUAAAACCAGACCCAAGGCGCUCAUAUCAAAGCCUCAACCUACUGGGAAGGAAAAAGUCAGCGCAGCAGUGUCCUCUAUGUCCAAUUGAAUCGUAUCGUGCAUGUAAUUUUGUCAAGCUCCAAGGUAGAGGCGUUGAUUGUUCUGUUCUUCUAGGUGAAGGGUCGAAUGCUAGUGUUGCAAAAUAACUCCAUUGUAUAUCACCCUAUAAUUUCCUUGAUCGGCUGAAAUACUAUGUGACCUGGAACUUUUACAGUGCAAGUAAUUUGAUAUAAAGACUAGUGUCAUCCUUAGAUUAUAAUAUUCUGUUUAAGAUGACAUCAGGGGUCGCGGACUUGCGGCUCUUAGUAUUUAUUGUAGCUAAGCAAAAGUUCUCUCUUAAGGCCAAAAGUUCUGUGGAUGGUAUAUUUUGAAA